UGGUAUUUUGGAGCCACCGCCACACUAUUCGAUUCAACGACAAAGUUGGAAAUAAUUUCCAAUCCUGAUAAAUAUAAAAUAUUUUUGCACUUUUAUAAGCGACGCCAGGUCACCUUUCUUAGCCGCGUCUUCGCAGUUUUUACAGCCCAUCUAACCAACCACCCUGCCCAGUGCGUGUGCCUUCGUCACCAGUGAAAACAUUACGUAGGGGCAUCGGAAGAAAGCAGGAAAAGAAAAGAUCUAAAAAUAUUUUUAAUCACCGUGAAAGUAGCCAGCGAAUUUUAGUCGCCAAAUAUAAUUUAAUUGGCGCUGCGAGGACAUAACUAAUUGCGAAAAUGGUCUUGAAAGUCUACGUCAGCGGCAUGUCCGGCAACAAGGAGGUCAAGAAGCGCCAGCAGCGCGUCCUGAUGAUCCUGGACAGCAAGAACAUCAAGUACGACACGGUGGACAUCACGGAGCCCGGCAAGGAGUCCGAGAAGGAGCUGAUGCAGAACAAAUCGACGAGCAGCGGCGGAACGGUCAGCGACCCAGAGCCCCGCCAUCCGCUUCCUCCCCAGCUCUUCAACGACGAGGAGUACUGCGGUGACUACGACGCCUUCGACAUGGCCAACGAGAUCGACACCCUGGAGGUGUUCCUCAAGCUGGCCCCUGCCGACACCACGGCGGUCAGUACCGCCCAAAUCGAACUGAAGCAGGAGAACGGCGAGGCCAAGAAGGAGGAGGCGGAAGCGGAGGAGAAGAAGCCCGAGGAGGAGAAACCAGAGGGCGGCGAAGGCGACGCCAAGGACGAGGCUGCGGAGAAGGCCGAGAACGAAGACAAGGACGGCGAGGACAAAAAGAAAGCAGAGGGCGAAGGUGAAGAUGCCGCCGAAAAUACUGAAGAAAAGACUGAAACCGCAGAGGGCGCAGAGUCCGAAGAUAAGAAAAAGGAGGAAGAAGCUACAGGUAAAGGUAAAAGAAUGUCCUUAGACACUAAUCAUAAUUUGUAUCCUGAUAAAGAAACAGAAAAAACUGAAGAGGAGAGUGAAGAAAAAUCUGAGGAUGAUGGUACCAAAGUAAAAACUGAAGGUGAUGAUAAAAAAGAAGAUACGGAAAAAUCAGAGGAAGAUGAUGCCAAAGAAAAAACCGAAGAUGAUGAGGGAGAUGAUACCAAAGAUAAACCCGACGAUGUUGAUACAGAAAAGUCCGAAGAUGCUGACACAGAAAAAUCCGAGGAAAAUGGUACUAAAGAUAAGUUGGAAGGUGAUGGAGAAGAAUCCAAAGAUAAGCCCAAAGAAGUUGACACAGAAAAGUUCGAGGAAGAUAAUGCCAAAGUAAAAACCAAAGAAGAUGAUGCCAAAGUAAAAACAAAAGAAGAUGAUGCCAAAGUAAAAACCGAGGAAGCUGAUGAAAAGGAUACCAAUGAUAAACCCGAGGAAGUUGAUACGGAAAAGUCCGAUAAAGAUGAUGACAAAGUAAAAACCGAAGAUGAUGCGGGAGAUGAUACCAAAAACAAACCCGAGGAAGUUGAUACUGAAAAAUCCCAGGAAGAUGAUACUGAAGUAAAAACCGUAGGUGAUGAUACCAAAGAUAAAUCCGAAGGUGAUGAUGAAGAUGAUACCAAAGAAAAUACCGAGGAAGGUGACACAGGAAAGUCCGAGGAAGAUGGUACUGAAGAAAAAACCGAAGGCGAAGAUACCAAAGAUAAAUCCGAAGAUGAUACAGAAAAAUCAGGGCAAGAUGAAGUUAAAGUGAAAAACGAAGGUGAUGCUGAAGAUGAUACCAAUGAAAAAACCGAAGAAGAGUCGAAAGAACUCGCCGAGGAAAAGAAACCUGAAGAAACGGUAGCAGAAAACACGCCCGAAAAUGAAGAAAGUAAACCGGCUGAGGAGAAAUCCUCUUCCGAAGAAAGUGAAGAGGAAUAAUUGUGUACCACCAAAACGACAACCAACACACACUGACAUCUGCACCACAAACACCACUGCACAAACACACUCACUCGCACAUAAAAAUGCACAUUUAGCCAAAUAGAACCAAAAAAGUUUUGUAAAUAGAAACAAGAACCCACUAAUAACGAAUCUGGUGACGGGUAACGAACCCUAGAUUAAGGCUUUAUGUGACUUUAUAUAAUUUUACCCCUUUCAUACCAAAAAUGACACGCUCCUGCCUA